AUGUUGACGGAAAGAAGAUCGAACUCGCGACCUAGAGGGGAAGGAGAGUCCGAGGACAGAUUGCUGACUUGGAAAGAGGGACGUACAGGGUUCCCUUGGACCGAUGCAAUCAUGCGACCAUCAUCUCGUCCGACACUCCGUGGCUGGAGGAUUAUGUCUUCCGCGUUACUUGACGAGGCCCUGAAAUAA